GCCCGGCGCCCCCGCCCCCGACGCUCUGCACAAGGCGGCUGGAGCUGGAGCGUGCCACCCUGGGCUGGAGCUCCUCACGGUCCCCCACGACCUCUGAACCCCACCAGCCUCUGGGCCACUGCAGGGUCCUGAGCCCCUCCCCACCCAUUCCGAGACCCUCCUUCCUCCCUCCCACCUCCCUGACCUUCCCACUCACCUCCUCACCAAGGACCCCCCCCCCCAGUCCCUGCUGUGCCAGGACCCUGCUCUACCUCCAGACCCCUCUCCUCCCCUGCGCGGCGCCCCUGCCCCCCUUAUCCGGAGUCACCGCCUCCCUUAGCCCCCGUGGCCAUGGGGGCGCCCCUGCUCGGCUGCCUGCUGAUCCUGCUGGCCCUGUGGCCAGGGGGGCGUCCACAGACUGUGCUGACCGACGACGAGAUUGAAGAAUUCCUCGAGGGCUUCCUGCUGGAGCCUCGGGAGGACAACGUGGAGGCCCCACCGGAGCCCACGCCCGGCGCAGGCAAAGCCCAGGCCCGGGACAAGCCGGGGGCGGCCAAAGAGGCACUUCCGGAAAAGGCCAAAGACAAAGGGAAGAAAGGAAAGAAGGAGAAAGGCCCCAAGGCCACUAAGGAGUCCCUGGAGGGUCCCCCCAAGCCAACCAAGAAGCCUAAGGAGAAACCACCCAAGGCCACCAAGAAGCCUAAGGAGAAGCCACCCAAGGCCACCAAGAAGCCCAAGGAGAAGCCACCCAAAGCCACCAAGAAGCCCAAGGAGAAGUCACCCAAAGCCACCAAGAAGCCCAAGGCUGGGAAGAGGCCCCCUACUCUGAGCCCCUCUGAGAUCCUACUGUUGCCACUGCCACCACCCACCCACCUAGGUCCCCAGGAGCCACCCCAGGAGCAAGGUGGGUGCUGGCCCUGGCCUUGGGGGGUCCCCACAGGUAUUUUCACAGAGGCUGUGUCCCCCCCAGAGCUGGAGGAGGAGACGGAGAUGCCCACACUGGACUACAAUGACCAGAUCGAGAGGGAGGACUAUGAGGACUUCGAGUACUACAGGCGUCAGAAGCGGCCCAGGCCACCACCCACCAGGAGGAAGCCACCCAGGCCUGAGCCCCCCGAGGAGAAGGCCAAGCCCCCUGGGCCGGGAGUGGAUAUCCCAGAGGAGAGGCCAGAGCCACCUCUGAAACCGCUACCACCUCCACUGCCACUGCCCGACUAUGGGGACGGCUAUGUGAUCCCAGACUAUGAUGACAUGGACUAUUACUUCCCACCUCCUGGGCGUCCCCAGAAACCAGACAUGGGGUUAGAGACAGAUGAAGAGAAGGAGAAACUGAAGAAACCCAAGAAAGAAGGCAGCAGCCCCAAGGAGGACAGGGAGGACAAGUGGAGCGUGGACAAGGGCAGGGACCACAAAGGGCCCCCCAAGGAGAAGGAGCUGGAGGAAGAGUGGGCUCCCGCAGAGAAGAUCAAGUGCCCCCCCAUUGGCAUGGAGUCCCACCGCAUAGAGGACAACCAGAUCCGGGCUUCAUCUAUGCUGCGCCAUGGCCUGGGCGCCCAGCGCGGCCGCCUCAACAUGCAGGCCGGGGCCACCGAGGACGACUACUACGAUGGGGCAUGGUGCGCCGAGGAUGAUGCCCGGACACAGUGGAUUGAAGUGGACACCAGGAGGACCACCAGGUUCACUGGUGUCAUCACACAGGGCAGAGACUCCAGUAUCCAUGACGACUUUGUGACGUCCUUCUUCGUGGGCUUCAGCAACGACAGCCAGACUUGGGUCAUGUAUACCAACGGCUACGAAGAGAUGACCUUCCAUGGGAACGUGGACAAGGACACACCGGUGUUGAGUGAGCUCCCGGAGCCCAUGGUGGCCCGCUUCAUCCGUGUGUACCCCUUGACCUGGAAUGGCAGCCUGUGCAUGCGGCUGGAAGUGCUGGGCUGCCCCGUGUCCCCCAUACACAGCUACUAUGCACAGAAUGAGGUGGUGACCACUGACAACUUGGACUUCCGGCAUCACAGCUACAAGGACAUGCGCCAGGUGAUGAAGUUGGUAAAUGAAAAGUGUCCCACCAUCACACGCACGUACAGCCUGGGAAAGAGCUCCCGGGGACUCAAGAUCUACGCCAUGGAAAUCUCAGACAAUCCCGGUGACCAUGAAGUGGGGGAGCCAGAGUUCCGGUACACUGCUGGGAUCCAUGGCAAUGAAGUGCUGGGCCGGGAGCUGCUGCUGCUGCUGAUGCAGUACCUGUGCCGCGAAUACCUGGAUGGCAACCCACGCGUGCGCAGCCUGGUGCACGACACGCGCAUUCACCUGGUGCCCUCACUCAAUCCCGAUGGCUACGAGGUGGCAGCGCAGAUGGGCUCCGAGUUUGGGAACUGGGCGCUGGGGCUCUGGUCUGAGGAGGGCUUUGACAUCUACGAAGAUUUCCCGGACCUCAAUUCUGUACUCUGGGGGGCAGAAGAGAGGAAAUGGGUACCCUACCGGGUCCCCAACAACAACUUGCCCAUCCCCGAGCGUUACCUCUCCCCAGAAGCCACGGUGUCCACGGAGGUGCGGGCCAUCAUUGCCUGGAUGGAGAAGAACCCCUUUGUGCUGGGGGCCAACCUGAACGGUGGGGAGCGGCUGGUGUCCUACCCCUUCGACAUGGCACGCACACCCACCCCAGAGCAGCUGCGGGCCGCGGCCCUAGCAGCUGCCCAGGGUGACGAGGAGGAGGUGUCAGAGGCCCAGGAGACUCCAGACCACGCCAUCUUCCGCUGGCUGGGUAUCGCCUUUGCUUCGGCCCACCUCACCAUGACGGAACCCUACAGGGGUGGCUGCCAGGCCCAGGACUACACAGGUGGCAUGGGCAUCGUCAACGGUGCCAAGUGGAACCCCCGGGCCGGAACCAUCAAUGACUUUAGCUACCUGCACACCAAUUGCCUGGAGCUCUCCAUCUACCUGGGCUGUGACAAGUUCCCACAUGAGAGCGAGCUGCCCCGCGAGUGGGAGAACAACAAGGAGGCGCUGCUCACCUUCAUGGAGCAGGUCCACCGUGGCAUCAAGGGGGUGGUGACAGACGAGCAGGGGAUCCCAAUUGCUAAUGCCACCAUCUCUGUGAGUGGCAUCAACCAUGGCGUGAAGACAGCAAGUGGUGGCGACUACUGGCGGAUCCUGAACCCGGGUGAGUACCGUGUGACGGCCCAUGCCGAGGGCUACACCCCCAGUGCCAAGACCUGCAGUGUUGACUACGACAUCGGGGCCACCCAAUGCAACUUUGUCCUGGCACGCUCCAACUGGAAGCGCAUCCGGGAGAUCCUGGCCAUGAACGGGAACCGGCCCAUCCCGCGCGUUGACCCCUCGCGCCCCAUGACCCCCCGACAGCGCCUCGCACAGCGGCGCCGCCUACAGCAGCGGCUGAGGAUGCGGGAACAGAUGCGACUCAGGCGCCUCAAUGCCACCUCCACCUCCGCACCGCCCCCUACACUCCCCCCGCCGCCCUCCAGCCCCUCACUGGUUCCCUCCAUGGCCCCCAGCCCCACCGCUGGGCCCUGGCACUUCCCGCCAGAGACCACAGCCAACUGGGAGGAGCUGGAGACGGAGACCUACACCGAGGUGGUGACGGAGUUUGGGACGGAGCUGGGGCCUGAGAAGGAGUGGGAGGAGGAGGAAGGAGAGGACCGGGGGGAGGAAGAAGAGGAGGAGGCUUUUGGUCUGGAGUUCCCUGACACCACAGUCGAGACCUACACAGUGAACUUCGGGGACUUCUGAGGAAGGCUGUGAAGGCCCUCCCACCCUGGCAUAGGCCUAGCGGGGGUGUGGGGGGCAAGUGAUGGACACCUGGACAGUUUCUGCACCAGCUACCUGACAAUAAACCCAGCUCUUGGCA